CCGGCACAAAGCCACACAGAAAUGCUAUUUCCCACAGCUAGAGAAUUUUAAUCCUGUCCCCGGUCGGGAGCCAGCUGUUGUGCGAGCGUCAGUGCGGCGCCAUAUGACCCUGGGACACAGAGCGGCCCCCGUCCGCACACACGACGAGAGCGAUGACCGAAUUACCGGAGAUCCGGCCGUUCGCCGCGCAGUUGUCCAAUGUUUACCUCACCAUACUCGCACUGUUCUGCUUCAAGCUCUUCGUGAAAAUCACCCUCAACCUCCUCACGCACUUCUACAUCAUCAAGGGCAACCGCAAGGAGGCCGCCCGCAUUUCUGCGCAGUUCUACGACUCUGCGGAAAGACACAGGUCAUGGGCAGACCGGUCUCCACUCCAUGAAGCGGCAUCUCAGGGUCGUCUCCUUGCUCUGAAGACUCUGAUCGCUGAGGGCUGCAAUGUGAACGUGCUCACCAUCGACCAUGUGAGCCCUUUGCACGAGGCCUGCCUUGGAGACCACGCAGCCUGCGCCCGAGCUCUCAUAGAUGCCGGUGCCAAUGUAAACGCAACCACUAUUAAUGGCGUGACCCCCCUGUUCAACGCGUGCUUGUCCGACAGCGUCCACUGUGCUGAGUUACUCCUGGAAAGUGGUGUGAGACCUCAAGCUGACUUUCGCCAGCCCUCACCUAUUCAUGAAGCAUCCAGCAGAGGCAAUGUUUCCUGCAUUGAAGCCCUUAUAACAUGGGGUGCUGAUGUGGACUAUGACAUUCCUCACAUGGGAACACCCCUCUAUGUCACCUGCAUGUCCAGGGAGCUGCAGUGUGCCAGGGUUCUGCUGAAUGGAGGGGCAAGAGUGCAGCAGGGUAAGUUCCUGGAAACCCCUCUACAUGCUGCGGCUCAGAGGGACUGCACAGAGAUAGUCAAAGUGCUGCUUGAGUUUGGAGCUGAUGUCAAUGCGAAAAACCAGGACCUUAAGCGGCCGGUCGAGGUUGCGCCCCCUGGUGGCCUGGCAGAGGGAUUCCUCCUACUCUGUGAAGCUGUGCCUCGCACCCUGAGCCAGUUGUGUCGUCUCACCAUCAGAGAAUGCAUAGGCCGCAACAGACUCCACCUCAUUUCACAGCUCCAGCUGCCCAAGGCCCUCACGAAGUUCCUGCAGCACCAAUAGGACAGCGUUGUCCAUGUCUUUAUAGAUUGCUUUCCCAUCAAAUAUGAAUCUGUGUGGAUCUGAAGUAUGAGCUACUUUAGACUGUAUUGUUUGCUACUGUAACAUUAUGAUCAAGUGACAUUACUGCUAACUCCUCCAUGUUAUAACAGUAAUUAUCAAUGUAAUUCUGUAAAUGUAAAUAGGCAAGUGGGUAGAUAAUACCUUGUUAUCCAAGUCAAUAAUAACUGUUCUG